AGGCGCAGCAAAAUUAGCAGAAACAAGAGGCUGAGCCUGAGAGUCCACCACCACCACUGCUGAACCACACCGAGCUGAACGGAAAUUCGUUUUUCCGGCCACCGCCAAUGGCUCCGAUCAGAUAUUCACUCCACGUAAUUCACCAACCACACUUUAGUCUCUACAUUAAACCGCUCAUACUUUCUUUAACUCACUUCUCUCAUUCCUCAAUUUCACCUCGCAAGCUCUCCAUUAUAAACCCUAGAACUCUCUCCUCUGUAGUCUCCGCUUACCCUCCAGCCGAAAUAAGCGGAGGUGGAGGAAGGUCCGGGGGCAUAUCAGCUCCGCCACCGGUCCUCGAAGAUUCAAUUAAAAAAAUCGAUGUCAAUCCUCCUAAAGGAACCAGAGAUUUUCCUCCCGAGGAAAUGCGACUCCGCAGUUGGCUCUUUAACAAUUUUAGAGAGGUGUCGAGGCUGUACGGAUUCGAGGAGGUUGAUUUUCCUGUAUUGGAAUCAGAGGCAUUGUUUAUUAGAAAAGCUGGAGAAGAAAUUAGAGACCAGUUAUACUGCUUUGAAGAUCGUGGAAAUCGUCGUGUUGCAUUGAGGCCUGAGCUCACUCCAUCUUUGGCAAGGCUAGUGAUACAGAAAGGAAAAUCAGUACCUCUCCCUUUGAAAUGGUUCGCUGUGGGACAGUGUUGGCGAUAUGAGAGGAUGACAAGAGGUCGUCGUCGUGAGCAUUACCAGUGGAACAUGGAUAUUAUUGGUGUCCCUGAAGUUACAGCUGAAGCAGAGCUUAUCUCUUCUAUUGUCACAUUUUUCAAGCGCAUUGGUAUUACUGCAGCAGAUGUUGGUUUCAAAGUUUCUAGCCGAAAGGUUUUGCAGGAAGUAUUAAGAUGCUAUUCUAUUUCUGACAAUAUGUUUGGCAAGGUCUGCAUCAUUAUAGACAAGAUUGAGAAGAUCUCUAGAGAUGAAAUUAAGACAGAAUUGAAAUCCGUUGGGAUGUCAGAACAAGCUAUUGAGGAGCUACUGCAAGUCCUUUCCAUUAAGUCAUUGACAAAGUUGGAAGAAAUACUUGGAGAUGCAGGGGAAGCAAUUGCUGACCUUAAACAACUUUUCUCUCUUGCUGAAAAAUUUGGUUAUUCUGAGUGGAUUCAGUUUGAUGCUUCAGUUGUCCGUGGUCUUGCCUACUAUACUGGUAUUGUUUUUGAGGGUUUUGAUAGGGAUGGAAAGUUGAGAGCCAUAUGCGGUGGUGGGAGAUAUGAUCGCUUACUUUCUACUUUUGGCGGUGAUGAUCUUCCAGCUUGUGGAUUUGGAUUUGGUGAUGCUGUUAUAGUUGAACUACUAAAAGAGAAGGGUCUCCUGCCGGAGCUCAGCCUUCAAGUCGAGGUGAUUGUAUGUGCUCUAGACAGUGAUCUUCAAGGAGCAGCUGCUAGCGUGGCUACCGUACUUAGAGAGAAAGGACAAAGCGUUGAUUUAGUUUUGGAAAAUAAACCUCUUAAAUGGGUAUUCAAACGAGCAGCUCGUGUAAAUGCAAAGAGGCUUGUAUUGGUAGGGAGUUCCGAGUGGCAAAAGGGUAUGGUUUGUGUCAAAAUCCUCUCCACCGGUGAGCAAUAUGAAGUUAAGCUUAAUGAGCUGCAAUGAUAAUAUAUCUGAUUAUUUUAUCAUUGUUAUGUAUUAUUAUUCUUGAUGUAUAAUUUUUGUUUGAGACCAAUAAAUGCAAAACUAAUUCUUGAUUUUACGUA